ACAACUUGGACAAGCUUGGUGGACGAAACAAGGUCAACUGUAAUUUCCCUGUAGCCAUCAGUCGUCGGGUAUUAAAUAGACGAGUCCAAGGUAAAAGCUGGAGUCUGCUUAUAGAGACUGCUGACGACAGAGAGGGCAAAGAUGCACCCCACGCCAGUCCAGAUUGUGAAUGUACAUAAAGAAGACCACACCUUUGAAUUGGACAUAGAGGCCCUGGAGAGUGUCCUGCUUCAGGAUGGUGUCCGAGACCUUGAUGUAGUUGUGGUCUCUGUUGCCGGUGCUUUCCGUAAGGGCAAGUCUUUCCUGCUAGAUUUUAUGCUACGCUACAUGUCUAGAAAGAAAGAGGCUGACUUGUGGCUUGGUGGGGAAGAUGAACCUUUAUCUGGAUUUUCUUGGCGGGGAGGUUCUGAGCCAGAGACAACAGGAAUUCAGAUCUGGAGUGAAAUAUUUGUGGUGGAGAAGCCCAACAAGAAAAAGGUGGCUGUAGUGCUGAUGGACACUCAGGGUGCCUUUGAUAGCCAGUCAACAGUGAAGGACUGUGCCACUAUAUUUGCUCUUAGUACUAUGACCAGUUCAAUCCAGAUUUAUAAUCUCUCCCAGAAUAUUCAAGAAGAUGACCUUCAGCAGCUGCAGUUGUUUACAGAGUAUGGCCGCCUUGCUUUGACUGAGAUAUCCCAAAAACCAUUCCAGUCGCUGGUAUUCCUAGUUCGUGACUGGAGCUGUCCAUAUGAAUACGAUUAUGGUGUAGAUGGCGGAAUGAAAUUCCUGGAUAAACGCUUGCAGGUGAAGGAGCAGCAACAUGAGGAAAUACAGAAUGUACGUCGACACAUUCACUCGUGUUUCACUAAUGUCAGCUGUUUUCUUUUGCCACACCCUGGGCUGAAGGUAGCAACUAGCCCCAAGUUUGAAGGACAACUUUUUGAUAUUGCAGAUGAUUUUAAAACUCAGCUAAAAGUUCUGGUACCCUUGUUGCUGAAACCUGAGAACCUGAUGGAGAAGGAAAUUAAUGGGUCCAAAGUGACAUGUCGUCAACUCCUUGAAUAUUUUAAGGCCUAUAUUAAGAUAUACCAAGGAGAGGACUUACCUCAUCCAAAGUCCAUGCUUCAGGCCACAGCUGAAGCAAACAACCUUGCUGCAGUAGCAUCUUCCAAAGAUCUCUACUAUAACUUGAUGGAACAAACCUGUGGAGGUGACCGGCCCUAUGUGUCUCCUCAGAUUCUAGAGGAAAAACACCAGCAAUUUAUGCAGCAAUCUCUGGAAAAUUUCAGGAAAAUUAAGAAGAUGGGAGGCAAAGAGUUCAGCCAGCGUUACCAAGACCAGCUUGAACAGGAGCUGGAUAGUUUGUUUGCCAACUUCCUCAAACACAAUGAGGGAAAAAACAUAUUCAGCACCUUCCGAACACCAGCAAUUCUGUUUGUGCUCAUCAUAGCCCUCUACCUGCUUUCUGGCAUAUCUGGUUUUGUGGGGCUGUCGCUGGUGGCUCAGCUGUGCAAUUGCAUCAUUGGGCUUGUCCUCAUUGCUCUGUUUUCUUGGGCUUACAUCCGCUACUCUGGACAGUACCGGGACCUUGGAGCAGUCAUCGACAAUGGAGCUGGAAUGGUACUUGAUCAGGUGACAUCAAGAAUGAACAACACAGCAGCUGCAAGAGUCCUUGCUCCUCUGGGGCCACCAGCUAAGAAAAAAGACAGUUAACUUUUCCUUAUUUUAUUGUGGAGUCAUCAGCUACAUUUCUGAAACUAGCUUUAAAUCUUUAAAAAAAAAUCUAGCAGUGCCUUUUUACUUUCUGGAGAUUGGAAAAGCUUUGCUGUCCUGUCAGUAGUUUGUGUCAUUUCUUAACAGUGCUGAGGUGUCUGUGACAUAUAGAGGAUUCUUGACUUCAUUUCUGCUAAAGUUACACGUCUUAAACUGGCAUUCAUUUAUUUCACUGACUGUUUUUGUUAUAUUGCUUUUUAUUUACUUUUUCAAAAGCAACUGUUUUUAUUUCUGGAUUUUUUUUUUUACUUUUAAUACAGUAUAAGUUCCAGUUUCUUCUGUCCUGCCAGUCUGGAUUUUAUUUUGAAUAAUCACGCAUACAGGCAACAUGGCGAAGACCAAAACUAUAACCUACUCACAGUCUGAAAUGAUUUCUUAUGUGUUGUACUGUUCUUAAUAUAUAUCACCCUCUGUAACGAAAAUGUAAAUGUAAGUGUAUGUUUCUAAAGCCAGUCCAUUGAAGAGUCUUAAAUCGGGUGGAGAAUUGUUUUGGCAACUUGAAGUAAAGUACAGUGGUAUGUAUAACUUAGUUGAAAUUAAUCUUCUUCCCACUGACUUUCUUAGUGGUGUUUGUACAGGAGUAUGAAUUUGCAGAAUGAGGCACUGGAAAAUCCCACUCUGCCAAAUUUCACAUUCCAGCUAAAGGGUGUGGGGUGCACAUGAAAAAAAUGUCUUGCUCUUGGCUUGAAUGACCUUCUGUUUUGUGGAUUUGUCUACUUGCAGAAUCAAUUAGAGGCAGUUAUUUUUAUGAAGCCUCUGUGCCUGGGUAUACAAGAGAAUUUUAUUCUUUUUUUUUUUAUCAAUGUGCAAGUUAUUGUGCUUCGGAAAUAUACUAGUACUGACGCAUAAAUCUGAAAAAGAAACGUUUAAAAUUAUGUUAUCUGUACAAUAAAAAUACGCAAUUAUUUUGAAUAUUA